AUGUUUCACACUUUUAAGAACUUGAUUAGACUGAAAAGGUGCCCGAAGUUUGGGAAAUUUAUCGGUAUAACCAGAAGUGUUGAGAGACCUUUUCAUUCCGGAAGUGUUUUAGGGGCUGAAGAAAUGCAGUCAUCCCCUUUUGUUGUGGUCAGCACAGUCAAUCCAAGUGCCAUUCCACUGGCCAGAGAGCUGUUAGCAGCUGGUGAGGUCAUUGCUUUGCCAACGGAUACCGUAUACGGUCUCGCAUGCGAUGCCAACAAUCCAGAAGCCAUUCAGAAGCUGUAUCAGAUUAAGGGACGCAUGGAAGAAAAACCUGUGGCUAUUUGCGUAGCAGAAAUUGAGGACUUCCAUUUGUGGGGCUCUGCGAAGCAUCUGCCACGGGAAUUGCUUCAGGAACUUCUGCCUGGAGCAGUAACCCUUGUGGUUAAUAAAUCUCCUCGCCUGGACAAUCCCUUCCUCAAUCCAGGAGUUUCUAGAAUCGGUAUUCGCAUUCCCGAUUCUACGUUCAUCCGUGAUGUCUCACGUGCCUUCCGGGCACCAAUUGCACUCACUAGCGCUAAUCGCAGCACCGAACCAAGUUCACUGAAUGUCACAGAAUUCCAGCCACUCUGGCCACUUCUGGGGGCAGUAUUUGAUGGAGGACAAUUGGGUGUGACUGAGGCUCAGAGAGCUGCCUCAACUGUGGUGGAUCUGUCCGAGGAAGGCAAGUAUUUCGUCAUCCGAAGAGGAGUGGCCAUUCAGGAGACAGAGAAUGUUCUCAAAAGAUACAAAUUCUAUAAGGAGGACCAAGAAUAGUUAUCCUCAUUUAUAAUGUGUUUUUUUUUUCUUGGAAUAAACUGGAAAAAAUGUUAGGCUGAAAGCCCAAA